AAACCUAGCCCCGGCCAAAAACCACACACACACACACACACACACACACACACACACAAGAUGCUAUUUGUAUUGUUAAUACUAUACUGGAGUACACAUGGAUUAACUCCAUGUCCAACCUGUUUUGUUUUUACUAUAGACUAAGUCAGCGGUUCUCAACCUGCGGGUCGCGACCACUUUGUAACAAUGAAAAUACCUUGCGGCAUAAGUGGAAUACUUUGAACAUGUUUCUGCACUAACUUCCUUGUCUUCCAACUCAUCCCACAAAUCGCAGCCAAAAUUAUCUGUCAAAAAUAAAAAACAGAAAAAGCAGCGUGGUUUAAUCCGGAGCAAUCUGUGGAGCCCAAAGUAUCCGAUUCCUAUCCCUGCUCUGCCACUCGACAGGUUCCGCACCAGUUGGUCCCUGCAGCUGGAUGAUUCCCUGAAGGGCUGAGCAAUGAAACAAACGCGCAAACUGAGAUAACUCCAUUGUUUACGUAACUUUGGCCAAAUCGAUUCCUUCCUACGAAAUAACCAGCUCACACAGACGGUUAAUAUGCUUUUCACACUUUAAUUUUCCGAAGAGUCACAGAUACUUUUUUUCGCUUGCGGUCGAAGACAGAACGUCAAACUACCUCCUUCCAAUCCCGUUCACCUAGUAACCUCGGCUUGAGGCAACAAACAGGCAUCCAGAGCGCAACCCGGAAGGAGAAUCCGCCCUUCCCACCUCCUAACGAAUUGUCGGGAGUUUGCGUUUCCGCAGCCAGGGCCUCACCAAGAGGCGAAAGAAAGGGGUUGCGCGUGCGUAGUGGCGCUGGCUGCCCUUCCGGUGCGCCCGGCGCGGAAAGGCGGCCCGGACGUAGGCACGCACACACGUACGCACGCCUUCUUUUACUCGUGCCGCCGGAACAGCUCCCGCGUAUUCCAGCAGCGCGGUCCAGUUGACCAAGAUGUUGCGGGCUUGUCAAUUGUCCAGCGUGACCGCCGCCGCCCAGAAUUGUCUCUGUGGGAAGUUUGUCCUCCGCCCAUUGAGACCAUGCCGUAGAUACUCUACUUCAGGGACUUCUGGGUUGACUGCUGGCAAAAUUGCUGGAGCUAGCCUUUUGUUUGUUGGUGGAGGUAUUGGUGGCACUAUCCUAUAUGCCAAAUGGGAUUCCCACUUCCGAGAAAGUGUAGAGAAAACCAUACCUUACUCAGACAAACUCUUUGAGGUCGUUCUUGGUUCCACACCUUAUAAUGUUCAGUUGCCAAAGAAGCCGAUUGAGUCUGCUCCACUAAAAAUCUCUAGUGUAUCAGAGGUAAUGAAAGAAUCUAAGCAGCCUGCCUCAAAACUCCAAAAACAGAAGGGAGAUACUCCAGCAUCAACAACAGCACCCACAGAGGCAGCUCAAAUUAUUUCCGCAGCAGGUGAUACCCUGUCAGUACCAGCCCCUGGUGUUCAGCAUGAAGAAGCUAUGAAAACUGAUCACCCUGGAACUGGUGAAGGAAAGCUCACACCUGCCCUUUCAGAGGAAGCAUCCUCAUCUUCUGUAAGGGAGCGACCACCUGAAGAAGUUGCAGCUCGCCUUGCACAACAGGAAAAACAAGAACAAGUUAAGCUUGAGUCUCUAGCCAAGAGCUUAGAAGAUGCUCUGAGCCAUACUGCAAGCAUCACUCUUCAGGCUGUUGCAGCUCAGAAUGCUGCAAUCCUGGCCGUCAAUGCACACUCCAACAUACUUAAAGCAGCCAUGGAUAAUUCUGAGAUGGCAGCUGAGAAGAAGUCUGCUCAGUGGCGCACAGUGGAGGGUGCAUUGAAGGAACGCAGGAAGGCAGUAGAUGAAGCUGCUGAUGCACUUCUCAAAGCCAAUGAAGAGUUAGAGAAGAUGAAAAGUGUGAUUGAAAAUGCAAAGAAAAAAGAGGUUGCUGGGGCCAAACCUCAUAUAACUGCUGCAGAGGGGAAACUUCACAACAUGAUAGUUGAUCUGGAUAAUGUGGUCAAAAAGGUCCAGGCAGCUCAGUCUGAGGCUAAGGUCGUAUCACAGUAUCAUGAGCUGGUGGUCCAAGCCCGGGAUGACUUUAAACGAGAACUGGACAGUAUUACUCCAGAAGUCCUUCCUGGAUGGAAGGGAAUGACUGACAAGCUUUCUACCGACGAUCUGAACUCCCUGAUUGCUCAUGCACAUCGUCGCAUUGAUCAGCUAAACAAAGAGCUAGCAGAACAGAAGGCCACAGAGAAACAACAUAUCACCUUAGCCUUGGAAAAACAAAAGCUGGAAGAAAAGCGGGCUUUUGACUCUGCAGUGGCAAAAGCAUUAGAACAUCACAGAAGCGAAGUACAGGCUGAACAGGACAAAAAGGUAGAGGAAGUCAGAGAUGCCAUGGAGAAUGAAAUGAGAACCCAGCUUCGCCGGCAGGCAGCUGCCCAUACUGAUCACUUACGAGAUGUCCUUAGGGUACAAGAACAGGAACUGAAGUAUGAAUUUGAGCAGGUCAUGCAGUUGCUGAAGAGGAAGCCAGAAAAGCCCACCAACUCUGGCUUUCGGUGGAGGCAUUAAAGUACAGCAUGAAGACCUCAUCUCCAGAUACACCUACCAUUCCACUGGGUAGUGCAGUCGAGGCCAUCAAAGUCAACUGUUCUGAUAAUGAAUUUACGCAAGCUUUAACUGCAGCUAUCCCUCCGGAGUCCCUGACCCGUGGGGUAUACAGUGAAGAAACCCUUAGAGCCCGUUUCUAUGUGGUCCAAAAACUGGCCCGAAGGGUUGCAAUGAUUGAUGAAACCAGAAAUAGCCUAUACCAAUACUUCCUCUCAUAUUUGCAGUCCCUGCUUCUGUUCCCACCUCAGCAACUGAAGCCACCACCGGAGCUCUCCCCUGAGGAUAUAAACACAUUUAAAUUAUUGUCAUACGCAUCCUAUUGUAUUGAGCAUGGUGAUCUGGAGCUGGCAGCAAAGUUUGUCAAUCAGCUGAGAGGGGAGUCCAGACGAGUGGCACAGGACUGGCUGAAGGAAGCCCGAAUGACCCUAGAAACUAAACAGAUAGUGGAAAUCCUGACAGCAUAUGCCAGCGCUGUAGGAAUAGGAACCACCCAAGUACAGCAAGAGUAAGGUCUAGGAAGAGUUUUAUAAAGUCAUGUUUCAUGUCAAAGGAAAUCAGCAGUGGUAUAUGAAGGGUUUGCAACAAGGGUCCCAGAAUUGUCUAGAAAUGAGCAGGUUACAAGUACUGUUCUAAAUGUUAACACCUGUUGCAUUUAUAUUCUUUCCACUUGCUAUCAUGUCAGUGAACUCCAGGAGUGUUUCCUUUGCAACUUGUGUAACAUUUUCUGUUUUUCAGGUUUUACUGAUCAGGCUUGUGAGGCCAAUCAAAAUAAUGUUUGUGAUCCCUAAUACUAUUGAUUAUGCCCUUGGAGCAAACUGAAUAAAGCAACAAGAUGAAAA